UUAAUUACCACAUUACAGCUGUCAACCUAACCAAAUUACGAUUGUGGUCAGCAUGUUUUUUGUUUUGACGUGUCCAUAGAUUGAAAAUGUAUUGUUAAAUAUUUAUUUUUAAAUAGUUUAUAAUAUUUUCUCAAUAAAUAAAAACGUCUCACAAUGUCGGCACUCUUUAAUUUUCAAAGUCUCAUGACAGUAAUUUUAUUGUUGAUCUGUACAUGUGCUUAUGUGCGGUCAAUAGUGCCUCGUAUAAUAGAUGUAAAAAAAGUUGGAGUUGGGGGAAUAUUUUGGAAAUGUGCAAGAAUUGGUGAAAGAAAAAGUCCGUACAUAGCGGCUGGUUGUUUAUUCAUGGCAUUUAGCAUAUUGUUUUCUUCUUAAAAAAUAAAUAAUGGUUUAACUUUUUUUGUUCAUCUAUUUUGUAUAUUUCUCACCACUAAACUAAUUAAUAAAUAUACUUUGUGAAAUAAACCAAUCAAAUUCA